AUGGCGGAAGCGCACCAGGCCGUGGCCUUCCAGUUCACGGUGACCCCAGAUGGGGUCGACUUCCGGCUCAGUCGGGAGGCCCUGAAACACGUCUACCUGUCUGGGAUCAACUCCUGGAAGAAACGCCUGAUUCGCAUCAAGAAUGGUAUCCUUAGGGGUGUGUACCCUGGCAGCCCCACCAGCUGGCUGGUCGUCGUCAUGGCAACCGUGGGUUCUUCCUACUGCAAAGUGGACAUCUCCAUGGGACUCAUCUGCUGUAUCCAGAGAUGCCUCCCUGAGGGAUGUGGCCCCUACCGGACCCCACAGACCCGGGCACUUCUCAGCAUGGCUAUCUUCUCCACGGGGGUCUGGAUGAUGGGCAUCUUCUUCUUCCGCCAAACCCUGAAAAUGCUUCUUUCCUACCAUGGCUGGAUGUUUGAGAUGCACGGCCAGACCAGCCACUUCACCAAAGUCUGGGCUUUCUGUGUCCGCCUUCUGUCCAGCCGGCGGCCGAUGCUCUACAGCUUCCAGACAUCCCUGCCCAAGCUUCCUGUGCCCAGUGUGCCAGCCACAAUUCACCGGUACCUGGAGUCUGUGCGGCCCUUGCUGGAUGAUGAGGAAUAUUACCGAAUGGAGACGCUGGCCAAAGAAUUCCAGGACAAGACUGCUCCCAGGCUGCAGAAGUACCUGGUCCUCAAGUCAUGGUGGGCAACUAACUAUGUGAGUGACUGGUGGGAAGAGUACGUGUAUCUGCGCAGCAGGGCCCCCCUCGUGGUGAACAGCAACUACUAUGUCAUGGACUUUGUGCUCAUCAAGAACACAGACAUACAGGCAGCCCGCCUGGGAAACAUCGUCCACGCUAUGAUCAUGUAUCGUCGUAAACUGGACCGUGAAGAGAUCAAGCCUGUGAUGGCACUGGGCAUCGUGCCCAUGUGCUCCUACCAGAUGGAGAGGAUGUUCAACACCACCCGGAUCCCAGGCAAGGAGACAGACCUGCUGCAGCACCUCUCCGACAGCAGGCACGUGGCCGUCUACCACAAGGGCCGCUUCUUCAAGGUGUGGCUCUACGAGGGCUCGCACCUGCUCAAGCCUUGCGACCUGGAGAUGCAGUUCCAGAGGAUCCUGGAUGACCCCUCCCCACCUCAGCCUGGGGAGGAGAAGCUGGCAGCCCUCACUGCGGGGGGAAGAGUGGAGUGGGCACAGGCACGCCAGGCUUUCUUCAGCUCCGGCAAGAACAAGACUGCUCUAGACGCCAUCGAGCGCGCUGCUUUCUUUGUGGCCCUGGACGAGGAGUCUCCCCACUACGACCCUGAAGAUGAGGCCAGCCUCAGCCUCUAUGGCAAGGCCCUACUUCACGGCAACUGCUACAACAGGUGGUUCGACAAGUCUUUUACUAUCAUUGCCUUCAAGAAUGGCCAGCUGGGCCUCAACACGGAACACGCGUGGGCAGACGCCCCUGUCAUAGGGCACCUCUGGGAGUUUGUCCUAGGCACUGACACCUUCCACCUGGGCUACACGGAGACUGGGCACUGCCUGGGCAAACCGAACCCCAUGCUUGCAGCUCCCCAGCGGCUGCAGUGGGACAUUCCCGAGCAGUGCCAGGCGGUCAUCGAGCGCUCCUACCAGGUGGCCACAGCGCUGGCAGACGACGUGGAGCUGUACUGCUUCCAGUUCUUGCCAUUUGGCAAAGGCCUCAUCAAGAAGUGUCGGACCAGCCCUGACGCCUUUGUGCAGAUUGCCCUGCAGCUGGCCCACUUCCGGGACAGGGGCAAGUUCUGCCUGACCUAUGAAGCUUCCAUGACUAGAAUGUUCCGAGAGGGACGGACCGAGACUGUACGUUCCUGUACCAGCGAGUCCACAGCCUUUGUUCAGGCUAUGGUGAAGGGGUCCCACAUGAAAGCAGAUCUCCAAGAUCUCUUCCGGAAAGCUUCCAAGAAACACCAGAAUAUGUACCGCCUGGCCAUGACAGGGGCUGGGAUAGACAGGCACCUCUUCUGCCUUUACGUGGUCUCCAAGUACCUGGGGGUCAGCUCCCCUUUCCUGGCUGAGGUGCUCUCAGAACCCUGGCGCCUCUCCACCAGCCAGAUCGCUCAAUUCCAGAUCCGUAUGUUUGACCCAGAGCAGUACCCGAAUCACUUGGGCGCCGGUGGUGGCUUUGGCCCUGUGGCAGAUGACGGCUAUGGGGUUUCCUACAUGAUUGCGGGCGAAAACACCAUCUUCUUCCACAUCUCCAGCAAGUUUUCAAGCUCAGAGACAAAUGCCCAGCGCUUUGGGAACCACAUCCGCCAGGCUCUGCUGGACAUCGCUGAUCUUUUCCAAGUUCCCAAGGCUGACAGCUGA